GGGUUUAAGAAGACAUCACCAAUGGAGGACCCAGAAACAGUAGACCGUGAAUUUAAUGACGAAGAAGAAGAAGAUCAGGAUGAAGAUUGGGGGGACUGGGGAGCAGACGACAAUGAAGAAGAGGAGUCGAACCCAGAUUUCCUGUGUUUGUUCUGCGAUUCUAAGUACAGUUCUUGCGAUGCUCUCUUCGAACACUGCUCUUCCAUUCACCACUUCGAUUUUCUCAGUAUUAGGGAAACCCUAAGUUUGGAUUUCUAUGGGUCAUUCAAACUCAUCAACUUCGUCAGGUCUCGGGUGGCAGAAAAUAGGUGUUGGAGUUGCGGGCUUGUCUGUCAGUCCAACCAAGAUCUUCAAACUCAUUUACAUGAAACAGCCAAUUUUGAAGAGAUUAAACUGCAUUUGGAUGAUGAUAAAUAUCUAAACCCUUUCAUGCAAGAGGAUCCCCUUUUGUACAGUUUUAGUCAAGAUGAAGAAGGUGAAGAUGACGAUGCUACUGCACUUGAAAAAGAGGAAAUAAUAAGGGAUCUAAGGGAAUUUGGAGGGAUUUGCAUUGAUGAUGGGGACAUCAUAGAUGCCCUUGCAUCUGAUUUUGACACCUUGAAUGAAGAUAGAAGGGAGGGUGCAUCUGCUUCCAAUGGCUAUUAUGGCAUGGAAAAUAUCUCAGAGAAGGAGAUAGGCUCUUGUAGUGGUGCAAAAGAACACGUUGGUUCAUUUAAAAGAAAGCCAAAAGAUAAGCAUUUGAGAGUUUCUUUUGCAAAUGUUGUUUCAAAGGAAAUCAAGAAUGUGAAUGAGAAUUAUUUUGGGGCAUAUAGUUCAUUUGGCAUCCACAGAGAGAUGAUAAGUGAUAAGGUAAGAAUGGAUGCUUAUAGGCAAGCUAUCUUGAAUAAUCCUUCUCUCAUGAAAGGUGCAACUGUGUUGGAUGUAGGUUGUGGGACUGGCAUACUGAGUCUCUUUGCAGCCCAAGCUGGGGCUUCAAGGGUAAUCGCAGUAGAAGCCAGUGAAAAGAUGGCUUCAGUGGCAACUCAGGUCGCAAAAGACAAUGGCCUUUUGUGGAGUGCAAGCCCAAAUGCAGGCAAUAAUCAUUAUACCGGGGUGAUAAAAGUGGUUCAAGGUAUGGUUGAAGAGCUUGAUAAAUCCAUUGAAUCCCACAGUAUUGAUGUGUUAUUGAGCGAAUGGAUGGGAUAUUGCCUACUCUAUGAAUCAAUGCUUAGCUCAGUGCUCUUUGCAAGAGAUCACUGGCUGAAGCCUGGAGGUGCCAUUCUCCCUGACACAGCAACUAUUUUUGUUGCAGGCUUUGGAAAAGGUGGUACCAGUAUUCCAUUUUGGGAAAACGUUUAUGGGUUCAAUAUGUCUUGUGUUGGCAAGGAACUUGUUGAAGAUGCUGCUCAAACUCCUAUUGUUGAUCUAGUGGACAGUCAUGAUAUAGUUACAGAUGCUGCUGUUCUCCAGACCUUUGAUCUGGUGACCAUGAAGCCUGAAGAAAUGGAUUUCACAGCAAGCAUCAGAUUGCAACCGAAGUUGGAUCGUCCAGCUGACACCAACGCCUCCAUGGAUUUGGAACAGAAACCAACUUGGUGUCAUGGAGUUGUCUUAUGGUUUGAGACUAGUUUUACCAGUCGGUUCUGCAGAGAAACAUCAACCAUCCUCUCCACUUCACCAUUCACUCCCAAAACACACUGGUCACAAACAAUCCUCACCUUCAGAGAACCAAUUGCAAUGGCAGCUGGAAAACCCAAUGCCAAGAAAUCAGGGGGAGUUGGCAGUGAUGCCUGCCCUGCCUCCAGCAUCCAUUUGCGAAUCAGCAUCAUCCGUGCCGCCCAGCAUCGCAGUAUCGAUAUCUCCUUGGAGACCACAGGGAUUGCCUGUGAUGGUCGGAAGCACAGUUGGCCUGUCCAGAUCUUUAAUCUGAGCUAGCCUUCAAACUUAUCACCUACGAUAGCUGAGAUAACCCAGCGGGCAAUUUUCCAUCUUUGCUGCCAGGAGGUGUUUAGUAGUUUUUUCUAGAUCAUUGUGCCUUUUAUAUUGUUUGGGCUAUUGAGAAUUUUGAUAAAAUUAUUUCUAGAUCUGUUUUUGGUUCAUUUUGUCUCAUUUGGAAUUAAGUGUACAUUAAUGACCUGUGUUGUUUGGGUCAACUCUUAGAUACCAAUGGGAAUUUUUUUUUUUUUU